AGUGCUGGAGGGACUUGUGACAACUCGAAGACAAAGAGGUCUUGGUGCAACAACCUCGAAGCUAGUCUAAACUAGUGGGAGGUUGUCUGCAGAAAGCUAGCUAAAACAAUAUCAAUGGCACGGGGAAAGGUUCAGAUGAAGAGGAUCGAGAACACAGUUCACAGGCAGGUUACCUUCUGCAAGCGCAGAGCUGGACUUCUGAAGAAGGCUAAGGAAUUAUCUGUGCUGUGUGAUGCUGAUGUAGGGAUCAUCAUUUUCUCCACUAAAGGAAAACUCUAUGAACUCGCCACAAAGGGAAACAUGCAAGGGCUGAUUGAGAGGUACAUGAAAUCCACACGGGCGGUUCAAAUUGAAGAUACUGGAGGAAGACUUACUCUGGAAUCAGAGGAAAUAACUAGUUUGAAAGAAGAGAUUCAAUUACUCCAAAAGGGUCUUGGGUAUACGUUUGGAGGGGGAGUGGAAACUAUGUCACUAGAUGAAUUGCAUGCCUUAGAAAAACAUCUUGAAGUUUGCAUAUGCCAUAUACGCUCAAUAAAGAUGCAAAUUAUGUUUGAAGAGAUUGAAGUAUUGAAGAAUAAGGAGGGAAUAUUGAAAGCUGCCAAUGAAUAUCUUCACGGAAAGAUUCAAGAACAAAAUGGGAUGUUUGACUUACCGUCGCCAAUGAUAACUGGAUUUCCAUAUCCACUAACCAUACAAAAUGAGAUAUUUCAAUUUUAGAUCUCUAUUUUACAUGAAAUAGAUUACUUAUGAUAGUAGUUAGUAAUGUGAGAAAGUGUAGUAAAGGAUUACAAAUUUAACCUUUCUCAGUGGAAAUUUUGCUAUACAAGUAGUAGACUUUAAACAUAUUUUAAUGGUUAUUGUUAAUUAUUUAAGUGUGUUUUAUCUUAAAUAUGGUUGUAGUACAAUGGUCAGAUAUGUAUUGUUACUUGAGAUUUGUAUGGUGGGAAUGUUGCCCUUUUAGUAUAUAUGUUUGUGUAUGUUCUUCUA